AUGUUUAUUGUCAUUGGACUUUUUAUCAUAUUCGCCCUUUGCGCAUAUAAACCUUUCUUCCAUCCAUUGUUUUUCUCCUCUCUAUCAAGCAUUCCAAAUGCAAAUUGGCUUUCGGCAAUAACACCUAUCUGGAUGCAAUGGAAGAGAUUUCAAGGCGAAGAAGUAUCGACCUUCCAGAAUGCCUUCAUGACAAAGGGGCCUAUUGUCAGAGUUUCACCGAAUGAGAUUGCCGUGAAUGACAUAGAUGCCGUCCGUGUAGUCCAUGGCUAUGCACAAAACAACUGUACAAAGACGAGCUCGUACUCCGUCUUCAUGCACAACGGGUAUGCUUUUGGCUGUGUUCUAAUAGUCCGUCCUUUGACUUUCCCAAUUUUCUAUACUCAUACAACAUCAGCGCUCGCAACUGCUUUUCCUCUCUUGGCACUGAUCAUUCCAUGCGUCGGCAUCGAAUCAGCUCGGUUUACACCAAGCCCUAUGUUCAAUCAUCCCCUCAUGUCCGCACUUUGCUUUCUCACCUGUUACAGAAACGUCUUUUGCCCACGCUUGGAAAACAUGCGCGAGAAGGCACCGCAUUGGACGUUCUUCCGGUAA